UGUAGGUGAAGUUCUGUAGAAUACCUAGUAGCAAGUCAGAUUUCACCAUAAUUUCAUGAAAAACAAAUGAUGGUACUAACCUAUUGUACCCUACCCACAGCUACUUUUACUGCGUUGUUCAGAGGGGAGGCGCUUCAAUAUACCACCUAGGUUCUUGCUUCAGUACCGAAUGUUUUCCUGCGCGACACUGUUGCUGCGCGAACGUUGGAGAGCUGUCUGGAAACAUUUCAUUCGCAUGGAGUUCUCUCUCUGCUGACUUUGACAUUUUAGUGAUAUUGUUACAUACUUAUUCUUUAAUAUUGUAUUUUAUUUCCCACAAGACUACGACUGUGCGAAUUAUCUGCUUUACCUAAUGUUCAGAGUUUGAAUCAUCUGCAACCGCAUGCCUGGAAUCGUGCGUUAGCAACUCGCUUGGAAAAUCAUCGACUCAGGCAAAGUAAAGUGGUUUGGAGGUGGAGCCGGACCAGAAUCUCGCCAUGCAGAGAGAGCGAUUCGAGAUGUGCAUCAGAGAAUCUGUGAUGGGCCCUGUGUUGACAUGCCCUGAAAUGAACACUGAGUGAUGGGCUGUGUGUUUGCAAUGCAGAUGUAGGAGAAUGCAUUUCUGCCGUGCCGAGUAGAGCCAAGCACCAGCCACAUGGCAGGCCUCAUGUGUGGUGAAUCUCCUGCUGUCUGGUUCUGCUGUUCCAACAUGACCUCAGGCUACUGAAGACCUUCCUGUUAUUCCUCCUGCUCUCUCUGUAUCACUCCUAGCACUCUAUUCUCCAAUGGGUUCCCGCAGUCAAGGUGGCUUUUUCCACCAUCACCACCACCACAGCUCGGUGGUGCCCACAGCCGUGCCCAGGCUUCUCACAGAGAACGGCAGUCUGCUAGGGGGCAUUGCCCAGAUCACCCCUAACCUCUUCCUGAGCCGGGGGAACGUGGCGUCUAACCGCAGCCUGCUGCUGUCCAAGGGCAUCACCUGCGUGGUCAACGCCACUAUCGAGCUGCCCAACUUCAACUGGCCCCACGUGGAGUAUGUGAAGGUGCCCCUGGCGGACAUGCCCCACUCUCCCCUCUCCCUGUACUUCGACAGCAUAGCUGAUAAGAUCCACAGUGUUGGGAGAAAGCGGGGAGCCGUGCUAGUGCACUGUGCUGCAGGGGUGAGCCGCUCAGCCUCCCUGUGCCUGGCCUACCUGAUGAAGUACCACCGCGUGUCUCUGGCCGAGGCCCACGCUUGGGUCAAGGCCCGCCGGCCAGUCAUCCGGCCCAAUGGGGGCUUCUGGCGUCAGCUCAUCGACUACGAGAGGAAGCUGUUUGGCAGGAACUCUGUGAAAAUGGUGCAGACGCCCUACGGGGUGAUACCUGACGUCUACGAGCGGGAGCGCAGGAAUCUGGCACCCUACUGGGGCCUGUAGAGGAGGGCUGGGGCCUGUAGAGGAGGGCUGGGGCCUGUAGAGGAGGGCUGGGGCCUCGCCAAGGGGGGAGGGAAGGAGACGGAAAGGAGAGUGUCCUCCAGGGCUGCCGGUUCAUGCAUGUUCCCCCAGCCAGAGAUGCAGAGUGAGAUGAAGCGUGUGACUGUCUGUCUAUGUGAAGCUUAAUUAAUGAAUGCAUUGGGAUGGAGGGAGUCUUAGUAAUCAGACACUACACUGCAGACUGGUUACUGGUGGGUGAUGCUACACUACACUGCAUCAACCCCCGUCUGUCUGUCUCUGAGAGGAAGCAAGGCCACCUCAAGUCUGGAAUCCUCAGGACCAAAGGAGUAACAGAACCACGGCCAAGCCAGACCCCAGAUCAGCUGACAUGGCCAGACCCAGACUGUGACUUUGGAGUCUAGCUUAACGCCCCAGACUCCAAAAAACAGGAGCAUUCUGGGUAGGUGUAGGCGGUGCUUUAGACUCAGCAAUUUUGACAGGCAGUGGUGUGACUCACUGAAGUCCUUCCCCGACGUAACGUCAUGUGAUGGUAUUGUGCCAGUUUUGCUGUUGUCUUUAAUGUGAGAACUAGCAGCAGUCCUGCUCUGUUUUGUUUGACAAAUUGAAUUAUGUUCUUGAGAGAGAACUGAAAUCAAGAAAAGAUAUGGUGCACAAUGAAUAUUUAAAGCUGUUAGUGUAUACACAUUUUAAUCAAGACAACAUCUAAGGCUGUUAGUGUAUACACAUGUUAAUCAAGACAACAUCUAAGGCUGUUAGUGUAUACACUUAAAAGUCCCUACUUACUAUGGGGAUGAUUGUGCAGAAUAUACUGUAUUGGUACUAAUAUUGUACAAUAUUAUGCUAUUUUAGAAUGUCACCACCCUCUGUUAAGGGGCUUGGGAGAAUCACAGUUUCCAUUUCCCUAUUUUUGCCUCAUAUUGAUGUUUAAGUGAAAUGAGGUACAAGGAAGAACACAGCCAGACAGUCCUGUGCUUAACUGGUGUACUGUCAUUGAUAAACCUUCCUAUUUUUGUGGUUUGGAAGAAUGCUAUACCUUACACACGAAAAGCUUUUAAAUAAAAUGUUAAUAUUACUGUAGCAAGUGAACAAUGCCCUUGUCACAGGUGUAAGCAGAAAGCCAAGCUUACAUGAAUUUAGUGCUCUAUUCAAUCUAUCGCUGAAGCGUUACAGAUUGUGCAAUAGAAAUGUAAGGUAAUUUUCGACUGAGCCAACACAUGCAGCAUUUACCGUGAAUGCAGUCUCCACUAACGCUGGAACAUUGCCCUAAAAUUUGUAUCACGCUGUAACGCUAAACUUCCGGGAUAUGGAUUGAAUAGAGCCCUUACUUUCAUAACCUAAGGCAAUGAAUGAUUAACAAGCUAAUGUAACGGGUUAGCUCAUGCAACUGUUUGUGUUUGAAAUGAAUAAUACAAUAAAUUACUGAUAUGCA